AUGUUAGUAAAAAGAAAACUAGAAGGUGAAGAAGCGUUGCCAGCUCGAAAAAGACAGCAAACGGCGCCGCAUAGAGGUAUGCGUGCAUUCCCUGUUUUAUAUUCAGAGACAAAUGUUAAAUUUAUUUUUCCAAUACCAGACGGCGUAAUGCUUCAUAUGGGCAAGGGUCUUUUUAUCGGGCACAGUAUCUUUGAACAAAUCGUGGAUGAUAACCAUGCGUUUAUUGACAAGACGCUCUUGAUUGCCGAGUUUCUCGACCAACCUACCGACAUUGUUCCUCUCGUACUGCGUCCAAGACGCUUUGGCAAGGCUACCGACAUCAUGACGCUCAAAGUUUCUUGCUAUACCGAUCCAUUCUGA